UUGCCUACUUUAUCACUCCCGCCAUUUUGAGGAGUCUGAAUUAUUUUCUCUAAACAAAAUCUCAGCAUUUCUUGCAGCAUUGAAUCUUUGCAGCUUUUUUUUUACAUAAGAUCUCUACAAGAUUUUUAAAAAUUUACCAGUCGUCUAUUUUUGGCACCUGGUCCCUCUAAAUCCCUCUGUUUUGGUCAGAUAAUCCCAACAAAGAUGGCCUUCCCAGGCAGUUAUACAACGAUUGCGGAGAAAUUCGUGGAGCAUUAUUACAAUUAUUUCGAUUGUGUGGAAUUUCGAUGCCAUUUAAGAGGAGUCUACCAUGCACAAGCCAUGCUUAUAUUUGAAGGUGAAAGUAUCCAAGGACAAGAUAACAUAAUGAAAAAAAUAACAUCGUUGCCAUUUAAAACAAUCAAGCACGUUGUCACAAAGUUGGAUGCUCUUCCUACUACCACUGGUGGAAUUUUAAUAUUGAUCACCGGCCAGCUUCAAGCUGAUGAUGACAAACCAUUGUCAUUUAGUCAGGUAUUCAAUCUACACUAUGAGGGAGAGUCUUAUAGUAUAAUUAAUGAAUUCUUCAGGCUGUCAAUUCAUAACAUCCCUGUUACAUAAAUUUCUACCUCUUUUUCUUUUCUUUUCAUCAGUUAACCAAAACAAAAGAACAAAAAAAAACUCUUUAAAAAAAAAAACUGACAAGACUUUUAAAGAUGAAAUUGUUUUAACUGAUUUCUUCUCUUGUCUCUAUGGCUGGUGCUGUGAUGCAAGUAUUCCAGUCAUCAAAGACAGAAAAAACAAAACAAAACAAAGAACAUCUGAAAGAUCUAUUUGCUUCCUCUCUAUUUCAGAUAUUUAAAUUCUCUUGAGUUACACCAUUAGACCUUAUGGCUUCUCUUAGCCGUUUUCUCCACCCACUCCACAUUUAUUUUAGAAAUUACUUUGUGCUCAUUUUGUCCACUAUUUAAAAGCAAAAACCAAAUAGAAACCACAAAUAUUACCAGAAAUAGAAUAAAAAAUACUAUAAUGUUUAAUGAUUUUUUUUAACCUCUUUUCUCCCUCUUUAUUUCUCACAUUGAUCUCAUCAGUGUAACCAGCUGAGCUGCUGUUGCUGCUGUUCACAUAACAUUACAAACAUCUCUGAUAACUUUAGUUUCAGCUCUCUCUCUUUCUCUCUCUCUCUCUCUCUCUCCCACCUUACCAUACACAUACACACACCCACCUCAUGUAUGCUGCUAUUUAACUUCUCAGGCUCCAACUUGCUGCCCUGCGGACUGAAUCAAGCACAUGUGAUUUCUUAAUACAUUAAAGGCUGCACUUUGUAUUAUAGUACUUUUGUAGACAAUACUUUCUGCCCCUCCCCUCCAAUACUUCUAUGGAACUAUUUUCUCAAGCCUAAAUUAAACACACCUUCAUUCUA